UAUAUGCAAGUGUUGCUAUCUUAAAAAUACCCACGUGAUUAUGUAACAUCCGUUAUGGCGCUGGCAUUGUCACUACUGUUUCCUUUAGCACUGUGCGUCAGGCGCGGUGCGGUGUGUUCACGGUGUGUUGAGUAGUUUCGAUCGGAUUUAAAACAUAAUAAUGUUCUCGUCCCUGGUAGAUAUGGCCCGGAAUUCGCCAUUCCGUGGCCCCCUGACGCCCGCCCAGUGUCAAGCUACUGAACUCACACCCGCCAUCGAAUCGCCCAGAAGCGGUAUGGCGGCCGCGGCUGUGGUCGAAGGUGACUCCUGCGAGUUCGCGUCCCCCAAAUACUUCGCCCUGUGCGGUCUUGGUGGUGUCCUGUCUUGCGGUAUCACCCACACAGCGGUAGUACCCCUGGAUCUGGUGAAGUGCCGCCUGCAGGUGGACCCCGACAAGUACAAGAAUGUAGUGAAUGGCUUCAAGGUGUCCGUCGCCGAGGAGGGCAUGAGGGGUCUCGCUAAGGGAUGGGCACCCACCUUCAUUGGUUACUCGCUACAGGGUCUCUGCAAGUUCGGUCUAUAUGAAGUCUUCAAAGUGACCUACUCCGGUCUUCUGGACGAGGAGACUGCCUACACCUACCGUACUGGUGUGUACCUCGCUGCGUCAGCUACUGCUGAGUUCUUCGCUGACAUCGCCCUGUCACCCCUUGAGGCUGCUAAGGUCCGCAUCCAAACCAUGCCUGGUUUCGCGAGCACACUCCGCGAGGCGUGGCCUAAGAUGGUACAGAACGAGGGCUACGGUACUCUGUACAAGGGCCUCGCGCCGCUGUGGGGUCGUCAGAUCCCCUAUACCAUGAUGAAGUUCGCCUGCUUCGAGAAGACCGUUGAAUUGCUGUAUAAGUUCGUAGUACCGAAGCCCCGUGAGCAGUGCUCGAAGGGCGAGCAGCUGGUGGUGACGUUCGCGGCCGGUUACAUCGCCGGUGUGUUCUGCGCCAUCGUCUCGCAUCCCGCCGACACCGUCGUGUCCAAGCUUAACCAGGACAAGACAGCGACAGUAGGCAGCAUUGUCGGCAAGCUCGGCUGGGCGGGAGUCUGGAAGGGUCUCGGCCCCAGGAUCAUCAUGAUCGGUACCCUCACCGCGCUGCAGUGGUUCAUCUAUGACGCCGUCAAGGUAUGGCUUCGCAUGCCCCGCCCACCACCAGCGGAGAUGCCCGAAUCUAUGCGCAAGAGGCUCGAAGCCGAAGAAGCGGCGAAAUCAAAGUGAACUUAGUACAUUAAUAGGUAGUUUAUUUGCGUCGCGCGUUAAAACCUGAUAGAAACGCUAUUGGAACCGGAUUUUAGAGAAAAUAUCUUCAAGAAAGUGGUACAUUAAGAACAAAAUAAGUAGCGGAGAUGUCAUAACGGAAAAUCUCUUAGGAAAUGCGGGUUUUUGGGGGACGAGGAACGUUACUGUCCCUUGAAGCUUACAUUUUUUGUAAAACCAAAAAUCGUUGACAGAUGAGUUGAAAAUUUUGACCUACAAGAAGGCUUGACCUACCAGCCUUAUGACAUCUCUGCCUUUCGUCCGAGUUUCAAUAGCUUUCUCUACAACUAUGUAUAAUUUUCAAAUGAUAUUGACUUGAUAUUAAAUACCGCGCGAUGCUUUGUUCCAAGUACCGCCACACAGUAUAAUGUAGUACAUUGUGAUUUACCAUGUUACAGUAUAUUAUAUAAGUAAAUGAUCAUGUUAAAUUAUUUUUUUGGAAAUAAAAAAAUAUUAUUUUUA